GUAGAGACACAUGGACUCUGGUGAGCCUUAUCCAUCCACAACCCCAAGACCUGCUGGCUUCACCAUGAAAGCCUUCACAAGCUUGAUGGCAGUGUUCGUUAUCGCACAGCUCGUUGGGACAGUGCUUUUUGGCUUAUAUCUUCACAUGAAGGUGGACAAGGUCGGAGAUGAGAUCAGCCUGCGGGAAGAUUUUGUGUUCCUCAGAAGACUACAGAAGUGUCGGAAGCCGCAAGACGGUGAUGCAACCCUCCUGGACUGCGCAAAGAUAUUGAGCAGCUUGCAGGACCUACUACAGGAUCAAAAGAGCAAGAUUCAACAAGAAAGCCUCCUAGCCAAGAGAACAGGUGACAAAAGGCAAGCUGCGAGCAUCCACCUGGCUGGCUGGAAGGGCAACAAGAGAGUUUUGCAGUGGAAAAGGCCACCCUAUUCUCCAAUGGAUAAUGACACAUUUUCAUACCAAGAUGGGAAAAUCAAAGUUGGCAAAAGAGGACGGUACUAUAUUUAUUCCCAGGUUGCCUUUUGCACCAAGCCAGAGACGCACGCAUCAUUCAGCCUCUACGUAUAUCUGAACCUUCCGUCGGAGGCAGAUCAGCUGCUGUUGAAAGGAGUGGGGACUCACGGCACAUCAGACGAUCUGUGCAGCCUGCAGUCAAUUCAUGUAGGGAGAGUUGUUGAGCUCCAGGAAGGUCAUGUCAUCUUUGUCAAUGUGACGGACUUAUCUAGAGUGAAUUAUGACCAUGGAUAUACAUACUUCGGCAUGUCUGAACUAUCCUAGGAGAGGCUGAGAAGAUGGAGCUUUGUUGAACAAAGCUGGUCCCCCAAAUCCUAUUUAUAAUAACCCACUUCAUAUUUUGUUUUAUUUUUCCUUCCACCCUGUAUAUUUUAUUUUAUUUAUUAAUGAGAGUUGGAGCGUGGCUCCUCAGAACCAAAAUGUAAUACUGGAAAGCCAGGCUUCAACAGAUGCAGCACAGGUGUCAGACGUUGCACUGGGCUUGUUGAUACGCUCCAUCCUAAGCACUUGUGUGCUGGCACAACAAGUCUUGGGAUUGCUUUUCACAUUGCUUCCACUUCCAGAGCUACUAGCCAAAUAGUUAGAAAAAUCAAAGUGCAACUCAUACUUUUCAGACAUGACACACGUAUCAUGGGGGAAAGCCCAUAGCUGAGUGGUGCAUGCUUUGCAUGCAAAAGGUCCUAAAUUCCAUUCCUGGCAUCUCAGAAUGGGGCGAGGGGAAACCUCUGCUUGAAAGCCUGGAGAGCCACGGCAAAUCAGAAUAGGCAAUACUGAUCAAGCUGUAGCUUUUGAGCUCUUAUUUUAGAAGCUACCACUGCAAAGGCAGCAAUUUUCCAACUCACCUUUAGCGUCACCGUCUUGACGUACAUAUGAUGCAGAGUUGUGUAACAUUAUUUUCCAAGACAGGAAAGAGCAUGUUAUGUGCAAGAGAUCUGACUGAAUAAGAGAGAACUUCACAAGCAGAAGGAGCUGCAGAUGACAAUGUUCAUGCAGCCCUUCCUGAUCUUUAUGGAUGCCCCCGAGUCCAGCUAUCCCACUAUAUGCAUCUCACUAUCCCAAGUCGCAACUGGCAUGCGGAAAGCGCAGUAUAUGCUGGCUUGUGGGCCUUGUAGGGAGAGCUCAAGCAGAUCUUCCACAGCAAUCCCACAUCCCAAAUGUAUGAGUGUACUUAAUGAUCAGUUUUUUAUAAUGACCUUCCCAUAAUUUUUGUGAACAUUGUUUGAAACCUUGCUUAAUUUAGUGCAGUUCCUCCUUGCAAGCUAAGUUGGAAAGAGAAAACAGUCUCUAAAAGAACUAAAAGUGUUUUGAGAAAGGUUCACUUCCCACAAGAUAUUCAGAUGCUUCUUUUGCCCCCAUUCUCACCUCUGGUCAAAGAGGUUUGGCAAGUUUUCAAAAGCAUAAAACCCUACAAAACCUAUUUAGCCUAGGGCAUAUGUGCAAUGAGUUUACGGACCAUGAGUGCCAAUUCCUCUUUCAAAUUGCCUUCAAUUCUUGAGAUGGGAAACCCCAUAAAGUUUAAAACUGAUGCAUCUUUGCUGUGCCUUAUUGGCUUAUUGUUUUUUUAUUGAAGUGGAUAUUUUAAGAGGUUUACAGGUGAGGUCCAGGUACUGCUGCUGCUGGGAAUCCAGACUCUCUCUGGCAAGGCAGGAGUGGCAAUGGAGACACAUUCCUGUGCUCCUCCUUCCCUUUAGCACCUUCCCCCAUUAUUAAACAGUUUCCCUUGCAUCCCCGGGACAGAGGUGUGUGUGUGUGUGUGUGUUAGACCAGCUCCUGAAUCACUCCUGCUUUGGGGGUGGGGAAGGCCAGCACAGCUUCGCUGUUGGACUGGGUCCUUCAUUAGGCUUCUGGUACCAGUUGUUUCAGGGUGUCUGCAGAAGGAGCAGGAGGUCCAGUAUUGCAGGAGUGGAGACCCACAGGCCAUGGGGUCAGAUGUGGCCCUCCAGGCCUCUCUGCCUGGCCCUUGGGGGGCUUCACACAGGCCCCAUCUCCUCCCCAGGCCCCACCACUCACUGACGCUGCUUCACUCUCUCCUUGAGUUUUCAUUUGCCUGGCUGGGGUGUCUUGCCUUGAACUGUAAUAACACCUCCUCCUUGGCUGGAUGGAGAGAUGUACAUGCAGAAAAACAUUGCUGGGCUGUAUCCAAAGCACAGAGAGUUACCUACUGCUGGGAUGUGGCUCCUAGAGGGUUGCCCAAUAGGGAAUGUAGUCUCCAGGCUGAAGUAAGGUUCCCCACCCUUUCCGUAUUGGAUCUCCUCUGAUUUUGGAACUUUUUAUCUCUCAGCACACCCACAAGACAUAUGUAAAGUGGUUUAAUGAGCAGUCGCUUCUUCCCAGGGAACUCUGGGAGCUGUCAUUCUCUGAGGGCGACACACAAGGUCUCCUAACAAUUCUCAGCACCCUCAAGAAACUAGU